AUGUACAAUGUUACAUGUCAUACAAAGAUAUUUCAAUCAAAUGAUAAUAUAAAACAAUUGGAAGUUACAAUAUAUGAUCACCAUCCAAGUUUAAAUCCUGAUUUCGAAUAUCCAUUGAGUCAUGGUGAGAUUACCAGAGGACUUGUUUCCAAGACCCUGGUGAAUGGUCUACCUGCUUUCGUUGGUCGUCCUCUCGAAGGUGCCAUUAACAAUGCCUCUACCUUUAAUAGCUGGUUUGUCAAUACACCCGGUAUCAAUAUACCAAUCAACACCAAGCUUACUUUGACCCGAUCCAACACCGAUGAGAGUCGCUACAUUCUAAUGGACGACUAUUUCUUCCCCAUCGACAACAAAGGUUGGGAUGAAAUAAAAUUACCAAACGGAAGCUAUCAAUAUCUCCGAUACACCGACCAGUGGUCAAAGAUAUCUUGGGAUCCACAACAAGCAUACAAUGGUCAGUAUCACAACUUCCAUUUCUGUUUGCAUGCAAGUGCAAGUUUCGACUACAAGGGUAAUGAAGUGUUCACCUUCAAGGGUGACGACGAUGUCUGGGUCUAUGUAAACGGACAGCUUAUUGUCGAUCUUGGAGGUAUUCAUCAGAUGGAGAAUGCCAGUGUUGACUUUUCCACUCUUGGAAUAAAGAAGGGUGAUCGUUGCAAGUUUGAUUUCUUCUAUUGUGAACGUCAUACCGAUCGUUCAGAGAUUGAAAUUGAAACUGAACUUGAGUUUUACUGUGCCUACAAAGAUUAUUGUGGUGCUUGUCAAGGAACUGGUACCAGCUGUUGUGAUGCACCAAGAGACUGUGACGAUGGAAAUCCAUGUACUCUCGAUCUCUGUCCAACUGACUAUAGCAACGACGCUCUGAAGCACGAUAACUGGAGAAACCAUUGCAUUCACAAAGCCAUCGAUUGCACACCUUCCAACAAAUGUGAGAUGGCAAGCUGUAGUCAUUCAACAAACGGUACUUGCCAGCGUAGUCCACUUGUCUGUCGUAGCAUUCCAUGUAAGAUAGCGGAGUGCAAUAAAGAUUUCGGAUGUCAAUACAAAGAUAAGGUGUGUGGUAGCAGUGAUCAAUGUACUCAAAACAAAUGCUCCAACGACAGCUGUAUUGAAGUUAAAACCGACUGUAAUGAUAAUAAUCCAUGCACUGCUGAUUCAUGUGACCCAAUUGUUGGUUGUACUCAUAUUAAAAAAGAUUGUGAUGAUAAUAAUCCAUGUACUUCAGAUUCUUGCGGAUCAGAUGGUAAAUGUGUAAAUAGUGCGAUUGCAAAUUGUACUGCUUGUGCAUGUCCAGCUGCAACCAAGUGUGAUACAUUCAUUUGUAAUGCCAAUGGAAGUUGUGAGGUUACUCCAAAGUUGGUGAGUGAUGGCAAUGCCUGCACAAUCGAUAAAUGUGAUCCAAAGACAGGUGAAAUGACAUUCACACCCAACAAAUGCAACAAUACCGAUCCUUGUCAGAACUAUGUAUGCAACCGACUGACCGGUGAGUGUGUAGGUGUGCAAAUGAACUGCGACGAUUCGAAUGAAUGUACUGCCGAUGGUUGUCUCUCAGGUUCGUGUGUUCACGCUCCAAAGUUGUGUGACGACCAAGAUGCAUGCACCAUCGACAGCUGUUCCUCCACCAACGGAACAUGUAUUCACACCCCAAUGGUUUGUCCACAAGUCGAUAUUUGUAACAUUGGAUAUUGUCAUCACGGUAAGUGUAUGACUAAACCGGUGGAGUGCAAACAACCAAAGUCAUUCUGCAAGAUUGGCGUAUGUGAUUCUCAAGCCGGUUGCAUAGAGAUUCCGAGAGCUUGUAUUCCCGACGAUUCCAAAUGCCAGAAGGGAUGGUGUGACGAAGAGAAACAGAAAUGUGAAUACAGAUCGUACGACCCACUGCCUUUUGCCUGUCAAUCGAUCGCAGUCAAAGCUGGAGUUGCAAUUGGUGCCGCUGCAAUUGCAGGAAUCGUAAUAGGAGGUGCUGCAGCAAUAGCACUGGCUGCAUUCGGAGGAAAGAAAGGUUACGACUACUGGAAGAAUCAACAAACUCAAAAGAUGUCUGUUUCCAACCAGAAUCCAUUAUAUGAAGAAGCUCCAACAGGUGGAGUUAAUCCAUUGUACGGUGAUAGUUAG